AAUUCACAAAGUUCCUUUAAGGCUGUCGUCAUUCUCUUAGGGUUUUGCGUCUGUGAAGAUGCCAGAAAUUGCCGAAAAUUAUGGUGGGAGAGUUGAAGAGAUAGUUUGUGAAGACCGAAUUAGUGUUUCACCCGAAGAUUUGCUUGUGACAAUUCUGUUAUAUGUCCCGACUAAAGAAGCAGUUGCCACAAUGAUUUUGUCUAAAAGAUGGCUUUCUAUAUGGACCAUGUUGCCUAGACUUGACUACAGAGAUAACAAUGAUGAUGAGAUCAAGAAGAGCGUUUGUUGGUUUCUUGAAAAGUCAUUGCAACUCCACAAAGCACCUGUCUUACCAAUGUUGAUAAUAGAACUUGGUCCACAAUGUCCUAGUGAUGCUGAUGUUGAAAAGUGUGUUGCAAAGGCUGUUGAUCGCCGCGUGAUUUUCCUAAGACUCGGGCUUCUCUGGUCCGCGGAUCCAAUCAGCUUGCCCAAGACCCUUUACUCUUGCGAAUCUCUCAAGAUACUGAGUCUCUCCGACAAGAUUCUCGUGGAUGUUCCCUCUACCGCUUGUCUCCCAUCACUUAGAUUGCUCGAACUAAACAGUGUGGUUUAUAAAAAUGAGAAUUCUCUCGUUAGGUUCUUAUCAAGCUGCCCUCUUCUCAAGUCUCUGUUAGUGAAACGAAACAAAGAUGACAAUGUGAAAAAGUUCAUUGUGAAAGUUCCUUCUUUAUUGGAAUUAAUGUAUACUAAUCUUUCUUCACACAAUGAUGUAGAAGAUACCGGUAGGUGCGUGGUGAUUGAUACUCCGGCAUUAACAGAAUUUGACUUUACUGAUCAUUCAGGAGACUCUUGCUCGAUCGAUAAUACACUUUGUUUAGAGCAAGUUCAUAUCGAUGUUUAUCUGCCUUCCCCUGAUCUUGACAAGUUCUUAAGAUCUUUUUCAGCAGUCUUGUUUCUUGAGUUGGGUUUGAAUGACGAAAUGAUUCUGUGUUGCAGAACCAUCAAAUUCUCUCGACUGACAAUGUGUAAGAUACUUCCGUGGGACUCAGACUGGAUGGACUCACUUGUGCCUUUCCUUAAAAAUAUUCCGAAACUAAAGUGUCUUAUAGUUGAUUAUGGAUCAACCGAUGAACCGCCUAAUGCGUCUGCUUUCUGGAGCGAAUCGGAUAAUAAAGAUCCCGAAUGCUUGUCAUCAAGUCUGGAGAAGUUUGAGUUGAUAGACUAUACAGGAAGAAAAGAAGAGAAAGAAUUGGUGGCAUACAUUCUAACUACCUCUAGAUGUUUAAAGACGGCAACAAUCUCCUUGAGACCAUUGUCAGACUUAAAACUUGAAGAAAAAGCCAAAAUGAUAGAGGAGUUGAAAGCUAUUCCUAGGGUUUCAAAAACAUCUCAGCUUUUGUUCAAAACCUAGACAAAAUUAUGUAAACA